GUCUUUCAAUUGGUGUCUGUGCCGCACAGUUACGACAUCGCCAGCAUCUUCGAGUUGGACGCCACCACUCUUAGCCGUGGCGACGAUCUGGUGCCGCAAAACUCGUACGUCCGGCUCAGACACCUGUGCACAAACACUUGGGUCCACAGCACUACCAUUCCCAUCGAUAAGGAGCACGAGAGACCGGUUAUGUCGAAAGUGGGCUGCGCUCUCAUACGCGAAGACAAGGAGGCGUUCGCAGUGGUGCCGGUGUCGCCCAUUGAGGUCCGGGACCUGGACUUUGCGAACGACGCCUGCAAAGUGUUGACCAAAAUAUCGACACAACUGGAGACUAAACUCAUUACACCGAAUGAACGCAAAUUUGUCAUUCAAUUACUCAUCGAAAUCAUAUACUUUAUCGCAGACCUGGAGAACGAUCCCAAACGUGUCGAUCCCUUCGAGUUGAUGCCGUCCCAUACGAACAGAGAGCGACAGAAGCUGUUGAGAGAGCAGAAUAUUCUGAAGCACUUGUUUAAGAUACUUCAGGCGCCCUUCAUUGACGCCGGGGAGGGGCCGAUGCUUCGCAUGGAGGAGCUCAGCGACACCCGAUACGCGCCAUUCAAACAGAUAUGCCGUCUCUGCUAUCGAGUGCUACGGCUCUCGCAACAGGAUUACCGCAAAAAUCAGGAAUAUAUCGCCAAUUGGUUCGGAUUUAUGCAGAAACAGAUCGGUUACGACGUGUUGGCCGAAGACACGAUCACCGCUUUAUUGCACAGCAAUCGGAAACUACUGGAGCAACACAUCACUGCCAAUGAGAUCGAGACAUUCGUGUCGUUGGUCCGCAAGAACCGGGAGUCGAGAUUUCUGGACUAUUUGUCCGAUUUGUGUAUAUCCAAGAAAGUGGCCAUUCCUAUCACGCAGGAACUCAUAUGCAAAACAGUAUUGUCACCGAAAAAUAGCGACAUUUUGAUCGAAACGCGUUUACUUCGCAAAGAGCUUGAGGUGGUGUUUGAGAUGGAGAACCCACAGUCCGGUGAAAUGGAGCCCUUUGUGACCACUCAGGAGGAAGAGGACAUAAUUUUGUUGUGGGAUAACGGAAGACAAUCCAAAUCUAUUAAACAAUUGGCAGAGAAUGCGGCCAAAGGUUGCGGCGAUGACCUGAAUAUUUUGGAUUAUUAUAGACAUCAAUUGGAUUUGUUUAGUGGCAUGUGUUUAGACAGACAAUACUUAGCCAUUAACAACCUGUCAUCACAUCUGGACAUUGAUUUGAUCCACAAGUGCAUGGCUGACGAAUCACUUCCAUUCGACUUAAGGGCAGCCUUUUGUCGACUACUACUUCACAUGCAUGUGGACCGCGACCCUCAGGAACAGAUAACUCCUGUGAAAUACGCGCGACUCUGGUCUGAGAUACCACAAGACCUAUCCAUCCAAGACUACGACACAAACAAACAACAGGAUAUGUCGGCCAAAGAGGCUGUCAAGAAGAAGUUUGCUUCGAUCAUAACGUUUGUGGAGGACUACCUGUGCAAUGUGGUGAGCCAUGUCUGGUCGUUCGCGGACAGGGAGCAAAAUAAGCUGACAUUUGAAGUGGUGAAACUGGCCAGGGAACUCAUUUACUUUGGAUUUUAUAAUUUUAGUGAUUUGUUACGUUUGACCAAAACGUUGCUUAAUAUACUCGACUGCACGACAGAGUCGGCCCUCAAGAGAAUGACUUCCGAAAGCAUUAGUCUUAAGGAUAAUUCUGUGAUGAAGUCAAUCGGAGAUAUUAGUAAUGUUAUGACGAGUUUUGUAUUAAACAAAAACGAUAUGAAAAGUAUGAAAAUGAAUCAAAGCGUUAAAAGUGAUAAAUCUAUAGUGGGCUCAAGCAAACUGACCGCAACUCCGGUGAUUGGCUCAGAAAUGGACACCAAUGUGAUGGACACGAAGCUCAAGAUCAUUGAGAUUUUGCAGUUUAUUCUAAACGUUAGACUCGAUUACAGAAUAACAGGUCUUUUGACUAUAUUUAAGAAAGAGAUCGAAGAGAGCCAUGAAAAUGACGAACAGAACAACAAAUUCAAUGUAUUGGACGAUACGGUGAAUAUCGGAGAGAAAGGCAUCGAUUUGGGGCACAUCGGACAACAGGCGGAACUCAUAUUUGGCGGCGACUCCGGCGAUGAUAUUGAUUUGGACGGCAACGGCGGCUGCACUUUCCUACGAGUGCUGCUCCACCUAACUAUGCAUGAAUACCCUCCACUUGUCAGCGGUUCUCUACACCUACUGUUCCGGCACUUCUCUCAACGCCAAGAAGUGCUCCAAUCCUUCAAACAGGUCCAACUUCUGGUCUCAACCAGUGAUGUCGAGAAUUAUAAGCAAAUAAAGUCUGACUUGGAUCAGUUCAGACUACUGGUUGAAAAGUCCGAACUCUGGGUCUAUAAGACCAAAACGAUGGACGACGAGAGCGGAAGUGUCGGCAAAACCAAAUCAAUCAAAGGUUCCGAUGGCGACGCUGAAGGCGAUGAUCACGAGACCAACAAAGCGGUUCCCAAUCACUUGUUUCGCAGCAAUUCUUCGUCGCCAAUAAACGUGGAGUCGGGCUCUCAAGGGCUGGAUGUCUCGCAUUCAAAGAACUACAAAAUUAUUCGCGAAAUAUUACUCCGAUUGACGAAACUGUGUGUUCAGGAGAGCUCCGGCCCUAAGAGUGAGCUGAAGGCCCGCAAACACGAGCAACGAUUGCUGAGGAAUAUGGGUGCACACAUCGUGGUCCUCGAGUUACUCCGGAUCCCCUACGAUAAGAAAGACGACUUCAAAAUGAAUGAAGUCAUGCGAUUGGCCCACGAGUUCCUCCAACACUUCUGUCUCAGCAAUACUCCCAAUCAGACGCUUCUCGAGAAACAUUUGGAGCUAUUCAUGACUCCCGGCUUAUUGGAGGCGCGGACUAUGUGUGCGAUAUUUCGCGACAACUUUUCUCUCUGUAACGAAAUCAAUGAACGAGUGAUACAACACUUCGUGCAGUGCAUUGUCACCCAUGGAAGACAUGUCCAAUACCUGAAGUUUUUGCAGACUAUUGUGAAAGCCGAGGGGCAAGUGGUGAGAAAGUGUCAGAAUAUGGUUAUGCAAGAGUUGGUGAACGCCGGCGAAGACGUGUUGGUCUUUUAUAACGAUAAGACAAGUUUUAACCAUUUGAUUGAAAUGAUGAGAAGCGAGAGGAACCGUAUGGAUGAGGCGGGAGCCCUUCAAUAUCACAUAAAUCUGGUGAAACUGUUGGGCUGUUGUACUGAAGGCAAGAACGCGUUCACAGAAGUCAAGUGCCACUCAUUGCUAUCGUUGGACGACAUAAUCCUUGUGGUGGAGCACGAGGACUGUAUCGCCGAAGUAAAGGAGGCGUACAUUAACUUCCUGACCCAUUGUUUCAUCGACACCGAGAUGGAGAUGAAGGAGAUCUACGCCUCGAACCACAUUUGGGCCCUUUUGGAGAACUUCUUGGUAGACAUGGCCACCGUCUGCGCCGCCACUCACGACAGAAAUCACGCCGACUUCGCGCUCGAGAGUUAUGUCACGAAUUCAAUCAUGAGUUUAGUGACCACUUUCUUCAACUCCCCAUUCAGUGACCAGAGCUCUAGUGUUCAGAAGCACUUGAACUCAAAAUACUCGGCCAAACCUCAAAGAGUAGACUUAACUGAUACACACCAACCAGUGUUUGUGCGGGUACUUCAGGGUGCCUUCCGGUUGAGUAACUGUACGUGGCUUUCAUUACCGCAACGUAUUAACGUCGAGACGUGUAUUAAAACACUGAUGGAAAUCGCCAAAACCCGGGGAAUGGCUGUGCCGUCCGAACUGGAGACACAGGUGACCCAAAUGUUUCAAAAGCAAAACCUACUCUCGAAGCACACGAGGGUCUGGUUGUCGGCCGCUCGCAGUGGAACCACUAGAAGACCCCCGACUCUGGAUCUCAUUCAAGCGACACCUCAAGUGAACUUCCGUAACGAUCGGUCCAUAAUUGAAGGCUUUCAGGACAUCGUAUCACUACUGGAGGAACAGUUGCGACCCUUAGUUCAGGCCGAGCUCUCGGUCUUCGUGGACGUACUCUAUCGGCCGGAAAUGCUGUUCCCAAUCAAUACAGAGGCCCGUCGUAUGUGCGAAAACGGAGGCUUUAUUUCUCGACUCAUUAAACACACCGAAAGACUUAUGGAAGAAAAGGAGGAAAAGCUUUGUAUAAAAGUAUUACAGACUCUGAAAGAGAUGUUGGCUAUCGAUCCCGACUAUGAAGAGAGGGGCGAAGCGCUUCGAAAAGUAUUAUUGGAUCGAUAUUUGUCCCGAAAAGACAUCAUUAAGAGCGACAAAAAGAGUAUUAAAUCAGAAAUCAUACCAAAAGUAACAAAGAAGGCGUCCACCCAAUUUGGUCCCGGGGCUAUACUGCUGUCCAGGGCCGAGAUGACCCUAUCGGAAGUGCAGUGCCAUUUGGACAGAGAGGGCUGCAGUAAUCUAGUGAUUGAGCUGAUUAUGAGUAAUCCCAUUCAUAACAUAUUCGUGGAGUGCGUGGAACUGGGUAUUGCGCUCCUGGAGGGCGGCAACUCAACCACCCAGAGGUCUAUAUUCAACAAAAUGACUGCCGAGAACUCGGCCGAAAAGUUCUUCAAAGUGUUCUUCGAUAAGAUGAAGUUCGCUCAGCACGAGAUCAAGUCCACCAUUAAUGUCACGUCCAGUGAACACAACAAAUCCGAUAGAGAAGACGCCGCUGGAGACAAGUCUGAGACCAGCAAUGGAUACGUCGGACGCAGGGAUACCCUGAGAAGUAGUCGCAGUCAUAACGGGAUUGUGUUGACGGAGGAACUGAAGCAACAGUUCAUGGAUGCGGCGAAUGUGACGGACAAAGCCUACCAACACAUCAAUAGCUUGAGUUACACGCCGUCCACUCCUCCUCUCAUAAACCACUCGUCUUUCAACGACGACAGAGAGUCGACUUCUCAAUCAAAUAGUUUCGUUCCCCUCGAAGACGUGUAUUUAGUUUACGGCACCGAAAGGCGUGGGUCGCGGACCAAAGCCUACGACUCGCGACUUCCCUCUGAGAUCGCAGUAAUGCAACAGAUCUUACGAUUUUUGCAACUGUUGUGCGAAAACCAUAAUUACGAGUUACAAAACUUCCUCCGCAACCAGAAUAACAAAAAUAAUUUCAAUUUAAUAUCGGAAACCCUCAUGUUUUUGGACCGUUUGUGCGGCUCGACCACUGGUGGGUUGGGUCUACUCGGGCUGUAUAUCAAUGAACAUAACGUGGCGUUAGUUAACCAAACUCUGGAGACGUUGACGGAGUACUGUCAGGGCCCGUGCCAUGAGAACCAAAACUGUAUAGCAAUGCAUGAGUCCAACGGAAUCGACAUAAUUAUAGCACUUAUUCUCAAUGAUAUCAAUCCUCUCGGGAAGAAACGCAUGGAUUUGAUUCUGGAGCUCAAGAAUAACGCCUCGAAGUUAUUAUUGGCUAUAAUGGAGAGCAGAGCCGACUCUGAAAAUGCCGAAAGAAUUCUGUUUAAUAUGAGUCCCAAACAGUUGAUAGACGUCUCGUGUUAUGCUUUCCAUCAGAGCCACGACAGCACCGAUGAAAUCGACAGCUUUUCCGACAUCGACGACACCGACGAUGCGGUCAACCCUAAAGAGGUCGGACAUAACAUCUACAUUCUGUGUCACCAAUUGGCUCAACAUAACAAAGAUUUGGCAUCAAUUCUGAAGAACUCAAACGAAACGGAGAUUGAAAUCAAUACCAAAAUGAGAGAAUCGCUCAGUUAUUAUCAGUCGCACACCGCACAGAUCGAGAUUGUAAGACACGACCGAACGAUGGAACAGAUAGUGUUUCCGGUGCCACAGAUUUGCGAGUUUUUGACCCGAGAGUCCAAAAUGAAAACAUAUCACUCGGCAGAACGUGACGAACAGGGGAGCAAAGUGUCCGACUUCUUCGAGAGGACCGAAGAUCUGUUCAAUGAAAUGAAAUGGCAGAAGAAGUUAAGAGAAUUAGACUCACGUUUAUCUGCAUUGAUUUGGGCGGUUAUGUUGAUAUCAUUGGCAUCGGUGCUGACAAUGCCCGGGAAGGCAGGCGUCCGUUUCCUGGGGGCCUCUUUCAUACUGAGACUCAUAUACAGUAUAGGCAUUCCUCCGACACUCUUUAUCUUAGGCUCUGCUAAUGUCAUCAUAACGACCGUCCAUUUGAUCUCAACGAUGGGAAAUCACGGGACGUUCAACAAAGAUGUCAAACGUAUUAUUCUGGACCAAGAAUUUCUAUAUCACAUCAUUUAUCUAAUCUUCUGUAUUGCGGGCCUUAUAGUCGAUCCGUUGAUUUACAGUAUUUUACUCCUGAACGUUGUAUAUCAGGAGGAAACCCUCCGAAACGUGAUUAGGUCUGUGACCAGAAACGGGCGCUCUAUUAUCCUAACGGCUAUAUUGGCUCUCAUUUUGGUCUAUUUGUUCUCAAUUAUCGGAUACAUAUUCUUCAGAGACGACUUCCUCAUGGAAGUGGACUCAUCCUAUGCUUUGGACGAAUUGCCGACCGAUUUGCCCGAAAGCGGUCACUGUUUUACAGAUAACUGCAAUAAUCAGACCAAUCAAACGGACACACAUUCCAGAAAUUCUAGUGUUUUAUUUGAUUUAUUGAAUAAAUCGGACGAUUCGGACACUUCGCUGAGCGAAGAGGUGGAGGAAUCGGUGAAAGAAAGGGGCCUCAGGAAUGGCGGCGGAAUCGGCGAUGUGUUGCGGUCUCCGAGUGCUGUCGAACCCAAAUACCUGCCCCGAGUUAUCUAUGACCUCGUCUUCUAUUUCGUGGUCAUUAUCAUUAUCCUUAAUCUCAUUUUUGGUGUCAUUAUCGACACAUUCGCUGACCUCAGGAGUGAAAAGCAACAGAAAGACGAGAUUCUUAAGAACACCUGUUUUAUAUGCGGUCUGGACAGGUCUGCGUUCGACAAUAAGAGUGUGUCAUUCGAGGAGCACAUCCGAUGCGAGCAUAAUAUGUGGCAUUACCUCUAUUUUAUAGUCUUAGUUAAAGUCAAAAAUCCAACCGAAUUCACUGGUCCAGAGAGCUACGUGGCCACCAUGAUCAAGGUANUUAAAGUCAAAAAUCCAACCGAAUUCACUGGUCCAGAGAGCUACGUGGCCACCAUGAUCAAGGAGCGAAAUCUGGAUUGGUUUCCACGGAUGAGAGCCAUGUCUUUAGCGGCCAACGAUGGCGAGGGCGAGCAAAAUGAGUUCCGUUUAUUGCAAUCUCAACUCGAAGUAACACAAAAACUGGUCUCCACUUUAAGCCAACAACUAUUUGAACUUAAAGACCAGAUGACUGAACAACGAAAACAACAGCAAAGGAGAGGUCUAUUGAGUACAAGCGGUCCAAUGCCUGUCACUUAGAUUUAUGUUAAUUCUUAUAUUUUUUAUAUAUUU